AUGGAAGCAACGAGUGGAGGAUUAACCCGAGAUAGUAAUAGUCAAUGGCAAGCUGGAUUCCAUCGCAACAUCGAGUGUUGCAUCGCGUUUCAUGCUGAACGUUGGGCAUUAUUUGAUGGCUUAGAAAUCGUCUUGAAUAGAGGGAUUCGAGAAGAACAGGAGAUGGACAAUAAAGAAGUUGUAGACACUCUCAACGAUGUUCUCGCAUGCACGAGGCAGCUUUGCUCCAACAGAUUCGUAAACUUCUCCAAAAGCCUUGGAAAGUUAAAAUUUCUUACAUCAGAAGAAAAAGUCAAUAGUGUUGCUGAUAUCUUGGCACAUCUCGGUAGAAAUGAAAGGCUAAGACUAAUCCAGUAG